AUGUUUAGUUGCAACCCAUCAGUCAUCAGCUACCCUAUUCUUGAGAAUGCUGUAGUCCUAUCACUUUCUACGCAACUGGUUACUAACCAUAGCCAUGAGGUCACGCCUAAUAACUACCCCAAUGACGGCGGCCUAGUCGCGAAGGAACUCAGCUUCUGCAAUAUCACCGUAUCCUACACUCGUCAACAAGAUGAUCAUGUGAGCGUAGAAACGUGGCUACCGCCGCUCGAGCACUGGAACGGCCGUCUCCAAGCGGCGGGCGGCAGUAGUAGGCUCGGUCCGGGCCGGUUCAACACGAGUUACGGCAAUAUGGCCGGGGCCAUUGCUGAAGGCUAUGCUACUGCUAGCACAGACUCUGGAAUUAGCAACCCCCUAGUAAUCGCGAAGAGCGUCAUACGGGAUUUCUACGGGCGACCACCAGCAUACUCCUAUUUCAGCGGCUGCUCCCAAGGUGGCCGGCAGGGGUUCGAGCUCACCCAGAAGCAUCCCACCGCGUACGAUGGCAUCGCGGCGUCCGCUCCAGCAACCCACUGGGCGCAAUGGGAUGGGCGCCCGCCAUUGGAGGAGUGCGACGGACACGAUGGUGCAGUUGACGGCAUUAUACCGAACCCCAAAUCCUGCACCUUCGAUCCCUUUGCGUAUAUCGGAACCAACUUCACCUGUCUUCCCGAGCGUCGAUCCAUGAAACCGAGCAGGGUCGCAGCCGUUAUCGCAAAUGCCACUUGGGCCGGCCCAAGCGACUCCCGCGGCAACUUCAUCUGGCACGGACCGAACCACGGCGCAGACCUCAGCCGCGAUCUCACGGGCACGGGCAUCGCGUCCGCAACAAACACGUGCGAUGAUGGCGGUGCGUGCAAGGGCGUUCCAAUAACUACCCCUUGCGUGCCAAUGGAUUCAGCUAUUUGUCGAAAAGGACCCAGAGUACGAUUACACCUCCAUCACGCGGGAGGACCUACAUAUGACGAGAUCAUGCGCAGGUCGGGAGCGGAAUACGAUUCGAUAGUUUCAAGCAGCAACCCGAACCUCACGGAAUUCCAUAGGGCUGGCGGCCAGAUGAUGACUUGUCAUGGGCUGUACAAUCAAGUCGUACCGAUCCAAGUCACCGAGAUGUAUUAUGACGACAUCAGUAAGUUCGUGCCUGACGUUCAAGAUUUCUAUCGCUUCUACGAAGUACCUGGGCUUCCGCACUGCUUCGGUAACGGGCAGCUAACGACGGUUUUCGAUGCUUUGAGGGCGUGGGUGGAAAAUGGGGCAGUGCUUGGCUCUUUGCCCACGGUCCUGUUUGAUGCCUAUGGAAGAAGGAAUGAUAGGAUUAUGUGCCCUUUUCCUGAGAGUGUUGUGUAUGUCAAAGAAUAUAGAGACCCGACGGAUGCUACUUGCUUUACUUGUACAGCUGGCGGGUAA